CCUUGGUUCUACUCGGUCACCGCGUUGGAAAUAUUCGACGCUUCUCUUCUCGCUCUUCAUCCUAUUCUCUCUCUUCCCUCCUCAUCAUCCUUCCCCCUGCAGCCAGGGGACGAGCAAGCCCUGCUGGCCCCUCACAGAUCACGAGGUCACCUCCCCCCGUCCCCUGUUUCCCCCCCUGUCCGGUCAGCGAAUUGUUCGUUGUUCGACGGGCGCCCCCAGAUGCAAGCCACAGCCACCAGAGCGUGGAUCAGCAGCCACCAGAUCCAGCAUGCCGCCCCUGGCAGCAGUAGCAGUCGGUCUCGACCCCUCGACGAGCCGAGCGGACGAUGAAGCCAUUCGUGUCAUUGGCGGUGCGGCUCCCGCGACAGACGAGGAGGCGACUGGGUGGGCGCACGGGUGUGGCGGCGGCGACGGCGUCGACGAGGUGCCGCCUCAUCUCACCAUGCAGGCACCGCCGCCGUCGACGCCGCCCCCCGUCGUGCUGGACCAGGCGCGCAACUUUGACGACGAGCGGGUCGAUGGCGGUCUCAAGGCCUGGCUGCAGGUCGCAGCCUCGUUUGCCCUGUACUUUAACCAUCUCGGCCUCGUCAACUCGUUUGGCGUCUUCCAGUCGUACUACACCGCCCACCUCCGAUCAGGCAGCUCCCCCUCGGCCGUCUCGUGGAUCGGCUCCGUGCAGACCUUUUGCCUCAUGGCGCUCAGCGCCGUCAUCGGCCCGCUCUACGACCGCGGGCACGCGCGCGCCCUCGUCGCCGCCGGCACGGCUCUCCUCGCCGCCGGCUUCGUCGCCACCUCCUUCUCAACGCGGUACUGGCAGGUGCUCCUCGCGCAGGGGCUCUGCAUGGGACUGGGCGCGUGCUGCAUCAGCGUCCCGUCCAUCGCCCUCGUGCCGCUCUACUUUCGCCGGCGGAGGGCGCGUGCCAUGGCAGCCGCCACCGUGGGAAGCGGGCUCGGCGCAACCACGUACCCGUUGCUCUUUGAGAGUCUUCAGCGGUCGGUUGGGUUUGGUUGGGCGGUCCGCGCCAUGGGGCUCGUCGCCGUCGUGCUGUGCCUGUUUGCCCUCGCUGUGAUGCGCCCUCGUACCUUGAGGGAGCGUCCGGCCUGGAUGACGAUGCGGCAGGGACGGGGCGUCGGGGUCGGCGGCCUCUCGCUUGCGUGGUUCGUCGACACAGCUGCCUUCAAGGAGCGGCCAUUUCAGCUGUACUGCGCGGCCAUCUUCUUCAACAACCUCGUCUUCUUCAACGCGCCCUACUACCUCCAGUCGUACGCCCUCGCGCACGGCAUGACCGCCUCCGGGUUGGCGCACUACCUCGUCGCCAUCGCCAACGCGUGCACCAUCCCCGGCCGCAUCGUCCCGUCCUUUAUCGCUGACCGCGUCGGCGCUCUCGACACGUACAUUGCCGUCCUGGGGUGCACCUUCCUCAGCCUCCUGUACUGGGUCAGCGUCGCCACACCCGCCGGCAACGUCGCCUUUGCCGUCUUGUACGGCUUCUUCUCCGGCGGCGUCGUCUCGCUCGCGACCGUCGUCGUGACAAACAUCACGCCCGACCUGAGCCGCCUUGGCACCAGGCUCGGCAUGGUGAGUGUCCUCAAGGGCGUGGGCUCCCUCCUCGGCCCGCCCUUGUCAGGGGCUAUGCUAGAUGCCACCGGUGGGUACCUUGGCGUGCAGUUGUUUGCUGCCAUGGGGUUCCUGCUGACGACCGUCUUCAUGGUCGUGCUGCGCCUUGUGGUGGCGAGGAGGGAUGCACGGGUGCUCAGGGGCGAGGGCGGCACGGUGAAGGAUGGAGACAAGAGGGAAGAGGGCUAUCACCAGAUCCGCGGCUCAAGACGUCUGUUGAGACUCAUGAGGAUACGAGGGCCUCCUCCACGCUGAUCUUCGAUCAGUUCUUUAUGCCGUGUUAGCCUCGUCUAGCACUGCUCGAUACUUGUGUGCCCGAUGCCGACCCUCUCCUCGCCCGGUCAGGCUCGUUGCCUCGUGUCAUGUCGAGUCCUGUAUUUCAUAGCAAGGAUACACACUGCGGGCACUGUUCGCCACGUCAUGCUACCAUUCCUCCAGUCGAAGCCGCUCGAAGCGGUAGGGCUCUAACCUGAGGCGCCCCGAUGUAAAUGCAGCCAUACCCAACCCGCUUCAUGCAAAUUAUAC